UCCCCCAGUUUGUAUAAAUACCUGGGAUUGCCCCUACCCAAGUGCAUCACCCUGCACUUGGCCUUAUUGAACUUCUUUAGGUUUUCACGGGCCCACUCCUCCAGCUUGUCCAGGUCCCUCUGGAUGGCUUCCCUUCCUUCCAGUGUAUCGACUGCACUGCUCAGCUUGGUGUCAUCUGCAAACUUGCUGAGGGGUGCACUCGACGCCAUUCGUCUAUGCCACUGAUGAAGAUGUUGCGGAGGACCGGUCCCAAGACCGACCCUUGGGGGACACCGCUUGUGACCGGCCUCCACCCUGAGAUCUGGUGGCAAUUACAGAGGCCUGGUGGGACAGAUUACACGACUGGAAUGUGGUCAUGGAUGGCUAUGUCCUUCUCAGGAGAGACAGGCCAACAAGGCGAGGUGGUGGAGUUGCUUGUUAUGUGAGAGAGCAACUGGACUGCAUUGAGUACUGCUCAGGAAUGGAUGAGGAGGGGGUUGAGAGACUGUGGGUGGGAAUUAAGGGGCAGACUGGCAUGGGUGGCACUGUUGUGGUGCCGUCUAUUACAGACCACUGGAUCAGAACUAGGAAGCCAACGAGGCCUUCUACAGGCAGCUGAUAUCAGCCUUGCAAUUACAGGCCCUGGUUAUUGUGGGGGAUUUUAACUACCCUGAUAUUUGCUGGAAGGUCUGCUCAGUCAGCCAUCCAUAAGCCACCCAAGAGGUUCCUUCAGUGCAUUGAUGAUAACUGCCUGAUGCAAAUGGUAGAUGAGCCAACUAGGAGAGGAGAGCUGCUGGAUCUUGUUCUCACUAACAAGGAGGGCCCAAUUGAAGUGGUGAAGGUUAAGGGCAGCCUUGGUUGAAGUGACCAGGAGAUGCCGGAGUUGAGGAUCUCAUGUAACAGGAAUAGAAAACCAAGCAGAAUCACAACCCUGGACUUCAGUAGGGCCAACUUGGUCCUUUUCUAGCAAUUGCUAGUGGAAAUCCCAUGGGACAGAGUACUUGAAGGUAAAGGGGCCCGAGAUAGUUGGUUAGCAUUCAAGGACUGCUUCUUCCAAGCUCAUGAUCAGAGCAUCCCAACAGGUAGUACGUCAAGAAAGGGAGCCAGGAGACCUGCGUGGUAAAACAGGGAACUGCUGGGCAAACUCAAGUGGAAGAGGAGAGUCUACAGAUGACGGAAGGAGAGGCUGGCCACCUGGGAGGAAUAUAAGACUGUUGUCAGAGCAUGAAGGGAGGCAACUAGGAAAGCUAAGGCCUCCUCAAAAUUAAACUUUGCUAGAGGGGUCAAGAAACACAGAAAGGCCUUCUUCAAAUACACUGCAGACAAAACUAACACUAGAGGCAAUGUAGGCCCACUGAUGAAUGAGGUGGAUGUCAUGGUGACAGAAGAUACAGAGUAGGCAGAGUUACUAAAUGCCUUCUUUUUCUCUGUCUGUAGUGUUGGAGGCUGUCCUGAGGAGCCUAGAUCUACAUUGCUCAGAGAUAAGCAAUUAUACCAGUGCCUGAAAUGCAACCUUAUCAGAAUCCCGAAGUUGUGGGGGCACUGACCUGGACUCCCACUCCCCCGCCCCCACAACUGCUCUCUUGCUUAUCCUCCUCACAGUGGUGGGGUGAAUGAUAUGAUGGAACAGCUCAGUUAAGGAGGGGGAGGUCACACACCAGGUACAACUCUGCACAAAGCAGUUUCAGUUUGAAGAGGAUUCAUUUAAUUACACAUUAAAAAAGAAUUGGGAUAGUGAGAACUAAAAGCAAAUUAAAACUGCUUCCUCAUUCUAAGUUGUGUCUAACUCAGGUGUUUGAAGUAAGGAUGGCAGCAGCGCAUCUCAAGGAUGGUCCCCAAACUGGGACACGUGUUCACUUGUUGUCAAAGCUCCAAUGUUAUGUAUUUUUUGAUUAUACUCAAGUUAUGUCCAUAACUCCGCCAACCCCAUGCUGGGGGCUACUGCCAGCCUAGUUCCAUAUGGGCUGUGACCUCACAGAGUUAUCCCCACCCGCCAGACUAUGAUCUCACGGCUCUGCCCAGGUGAGCCAGCGGCCAGCACUUUGUCUCUCCCAGUGCGGUCGUGACCAGCUUUGAGCGAUGGUUGUCGACAGCUUUCUCCUUAUCCCCAGCCUCCUGCUCCUGGUGGCUGGGCUGUUUCUGCUCACCCCUCUCUGGCGCCGACAGGGUUCUGACCGGCGCCGGCAACGGUGGACAUGGUGGCUGCAAGUGGUGGCAUCGAAGUCAGGUGCUGAGAGGCAGGCAGGCAGGCACCGGAGCCCCCUGUGCAGGCCACGUUGCUCCCAGCAGCAAGCGUCACGAUGGCAGGGCAGUCCCAUCCUGCCCCAUCCUGUGCAGCCAGGAAAGACUCGGCCUUUGUUGCUGCGCAGUCUAUGCCCCUCUCUUUACAUGGACUCUACUACUGGUACCACGAGCUCUGCAGGGAAACCCGGCAGGCUUCCCAGACAGGACCAGCGCCUGCAGAUUUUGGUGGCACGCGGGACCCCCAGGACGCUCAGUCAGCGUCCUAGGCUAGGCGGUGGAGUUAAAGACCUGCCACCUGAGAUCUCCAACUUCACAAAGCCACCAGUGAAAGGGUUGGUCUUCCAGGAAGGCCUCGUUCAAACAGAGGAGAGAAAACGCUGGUGGGACUACCAGGCCAAGAGGCUCUUUUGGCAUAUGCUCUCCCCAGCACUUCCCAAAGGGCACAAGAAACCAGCAAGACCAUCCCGAGGACCAGUUUUGACCCUGGAGAGAAAAAGCAGAUGGCAAAACUGAAACCCACCAGCCCUUCAAUUCUGGCUUCAGUGAGAAGAGGAGCACAGAGAAAUCGGACAUGCUCGCUAUGGAAAGGCUGUACCAGCAGCUCCUGGUGUCCCUAAAAUGAUCCAAGACUAAGAAUGGUUGCUACAAGUCAGGCAGCGGAACUGAAGAGCAACCAACAGAUACCUCUUUCUGCACGCUGUCACCAGUGAAAGGGACGAAUGCUCAUGAGAACAUCCUUCAAACAGCGGCGGGGAAAUGCUGGUGGAAGAGCAAGGCCAAGAGGCCUUCUGAGUAUUGUAUUGCCUCCCCAGCAUUUCCCAGAGACUAGAUGGAAGCCUGAGCAGCUGCAGAACCAACACCAGGACCAGCUUCAGGCCUGGAGAAAAGGAGACCGCAGAACUGAAACCUGCCAGUGCCUAAACUCUGUCUUCAUUGUCAUGGUUUUAUUGUUGACAUACCGAUAGAGAACUGAAUCAUCAUUUGCAUCAUACCAUUUCAGAUUGAGAUCUUUCAGAUUUUUAAACAGAAAAUUUAAUAAAAGUCUUG